UUUUUUUAUCUGUCUUUUCAGUAAACUUCACGAUUCGGCACACUUUACUCCCGAAUGAUGGCUUAUACCUAGACUUCAUCGAACGCUUUACGAUUUACACCCGCGUAGGCAUAUAGAAGAAACAGUUCGAUGAAUCCAGUCGGAUGUAGUAGUCCUGGUACAUCGUCCCUUCCCGUCCUCUCAUCUAAUUUCAUCUCCUAUACCUGUACCGUCAAGACAUCAGGUCAUGAGAGAGAAGUAUGUAAGAAAGGCAGGACGGCGAUAUAAAACUAGGCUACUUUCGAGCACAAGCAUCUCUCCAAUUCACAUUCUGAGCUUCCGACUCUUCGGUUCCAUAUAUUUGACUAAUGUAGGUACUGUUCGAUGGUCAACUAUUCACAUUAGUCAUCGUGUAAAGAAAACAUACUACAAAUUGGCGGAUACGCCUGUCCGAACAUUCACAACGAUCACGUUAGAAUCUCACGAUUGCUCCAGCUCAGAGAGUCCAGACCAUAGCCAUCCAGUCACCCCACCGACUUCGAGCUCUAUCAGCAAUUUUAAUUAUGUGAACAUGGGAAUCUCCAAAAGAACCAUAGGUCGAGCUAGGUUUUCCCCUCUCGCAACCGUGAGUCUGGGCCAGCCGAUUGCACUACGCAUUUCCUCUCGUGGCUUCUUUGUUCAGCAAUACGCGACCGUUACUUAGACAGUACAAAGCGGUACAUGAACGGUACUUCCCCCUCGCUUGCCCUCAACGAACUGCUCAACUGGCAAAAACGUAAUAUGGGUUUAAUAUGCCAGCAAUAUCGCCGGAAGGCAACCGGUCGUGUCUCCCCACGCUGGCCGCCCCCGGAAAGCGGGCAUUUCAACGGACAUCAAAAACGGAGCAUAUUCAUUUCGC